AUGAUUCUUGCAAGGACCCAUAGAGUGGCUAAAGGCUGGUCAGAACCAUUUAUUAGUGAUUGGAUUAGGAUGUCGGGUGCUCCAGUUGAGAAAAAGGCCGAAUGUUGCGGUUUGCUGCUUUGGAAAAACCCUAUAGAAACUGGUAAAGUGUUUGGAGGAUUAUUGGUUGGGCUGUUGAUCUUGAAGAAGGUUAACUUGAUCACAUUCUUUUUGAGAGUGCUUUACACUGCUGUUUUCAUCACCGGCUCUUUGGAGUUUGUUUCGAAGCUUCUUUUGGGACAGGGAUUGGUGACUGCUUAUGGUCCUAAGGAAUGUCCUAACACAGUUGGGUUCUUGAAGCCACGGAUUGACAACGUUUUGUUGAGGCUGCCAGCACAACAGGCCAAGUUCAGAAAGUUGCUGUUCGCGUACCAGCCAAAGAACAACUUCAAGGCGGCCGUGGUGUUGUUCUUCCUGCACAAGUUCUUCUCGUGGUUCUCUGUUUGGACGAUUGCAUUUGUCGGAGUCAUUGGUGCGUUCACGCUGCCAUUGGUCUACUCGAUUUUCCAAACUGAGAUCGACUCAGCUGUCGACAGCGGCAUCAGGGUGGCCAGGACAAAGACCGGCGAGUUUUCUAGCAUGGCGUCUGAGAAGACUAAGCCUUAUCUAGAGUCGUUGGACAGCAAAUUGGGACCAGUGUCGAAGUUUGUCAAGAGCCAGUACCACCACGCCAACACGGUGACUCCUCAGUCCACCAGCUCCAAGAUGGCCGCCGAGGUGCCAUUGGAGCCGGAGCAACGCUCGCAUGGUCAGACUUCGUCGUCGACCGCUUUCCCAGCUGCACCAACCACCGAGCCUUUGGGGCAACAAACACAGGAGUUUUCGGUUGACCAGUUGCAGAGUGAGCUGAAACAAAGCACCGAAGGUUUGAAGCACGAUUUGCAACAAAACAACGCCGCUAUCUAA